GAACUUACUUGCCAAGAAUUUACAUUUAGUGAUUUUCCAAAACCUGUUAAUUCAUCUAUUAUUACUUCAUACAUUGAUGAAAUAUAUAAUGAAGAAGAUAAUCAGAUUGAUAAUAAGAUAUGUUUUUAUUGUAAUAACCCAUUUACUGAAAAAUUAUGGUGCAAAGAAUGUGAUCCAUACUGCAUGAUAGAAGGAUGGACUAGUGGAAACUUAAAUAUUGAUAAAUUUAUUAAAGAUUCAAUUUAUAAUGCAAGGCAAAAACUAAAUCCUGAGUUUCUUGAGUGGGUACCAUUUGAUAGACUUAUAAAUAUAGAACAAAUUGGCAAAGGUGGUUUUGCCAAAGUAUAUUCUGCAACAUGGAUAGAUGGUAAAUCGAAAUAUAAAAACCUAAGUGAUGGGAGUUGGAAAAAAUUAGAACCUGAAUCUACAAAAGUAGCUUUGAAAAAGUUAAAUGGAUCACAGAAUAUAUCAGCUGAGUAUUUAAAUGAGCUUAAAAUAUAUUGGGAUAUUUGUUUAAAUUAUGAGUCCUAUUUAACAUUUUAUGGAAUGACAAAAGACCCAGAAACCAAAGAAUUCAUGAUAAUAAUGGAUUUUGCGGAUGGGGGGAAUUUGAGAAAUAUUGUUUUACAUAAUUUCAAAAAUAUUUCAUGGAAUUAUAAAAUUAACUGGUUAUUUGAUUUAGCGGUGGAUCUUAAAAAUAUGCAUAAAUUGGGAUAUUUUCAUAAAGAUUUACAUAGUGGAAAUAUAUUACGAAAAGAUUCUGAAUUAUAUAUUUCAGAUUUUGGAUUAUCUGAACCAGCGAAUGAACAAAAAUUAGAUAACAAAAUAUAUGGUGUAUUACCAUAUAUUGCUCCCGAAGUUUUAAACAAAGAACCAUACACUUCAUCAUCUGAUAUUUAUAGUUUUGGUAUAAUUAUGAUCGAAUUAUCAUUUGGAAAACCACCAUUUUAUAAUAAAAAGCAUAAUUUAAACUUAGCACUAGCUAUAUGUGAUGGACUCAGACCUGAAUUUGGAAAGGGAACUCCUGAAAUAUAUAAGAAGUUAGCUUAUAGAUGUACAAAUGCCAAUUCAAUUGAGAGACCAACAGCCAAUGAAUUAUUUAAUAUAAUAAAAUUUUGGUUUUUUUCUAUUAUUAGCUUUGGAUGGAUGCAAGAAGAAGAAAAUUUCGGAUAUAAAGGAAAAGAAAUUAAAAAAAUAUUUGAAGAGGCUGAUAAAGAAAGACCAAAUAUUUCAAUAUUUUAUGAAAAAGAUCCUGAUGCUAUAUAUACUAGUCGAGAACUUACAUUUAGCAACCUAUCAAAGCCUGUUAAUUCCUCUAUUAUUAGUUUGUAUCUUCAAGAGGAAAAAGUUGAUGAAGUAAACACCCAAGAUUCUCAAUUAGUUAAUUUAGAUGUUAAAAGAUUUUUGUGAGGAGGCCAUUUCAGGCACGUGAUCUGUGAUGUGUUUGAUGCAAUAAUAAAUAAAUAUUUUUUUUUCUCGCGUUAACCGUUCACCUAUUUCUUUAUACAUUUUAUUUUUUGGAACCUUGGAAACCUAUUAUAUAAAUACUUUCUUUUCUUGUUAUUUAUUUCUUUUUAUUAUUUUUAUCACA